GAACUUAAUUAUAUUAAUCACGCUAUUUCUGAAUCUGACUUUGAGAAAGUUAUGGAAAAUUAUGCAAAUAUGGUUGAGUUUGACGACGAUAUGUUUAUUGAUGAUGGAGAAGAAAGUGAAGAAGCUGAU